GGACGCCGCACGUUGCAAAUGCCGAAGCCUCCUCAAUCUUCCGCCUUAUCGAGCGAAGUCCCUCCUACUCGCCGACAUUUGCUGGUGUGGUUGCCAGAGCAUGCUGGGCAUCUCGGCUGCUCUCUCGUCGUCCGCCACCGCCGGUGGGCUGCGCUUUUCCUUUCCUCUCUGCGCCACACGGGGGGCGCGGAGCACUAGGAUGCUGCCCUCCUCCUCCUCCCCUAGCCUCUCACCUCCCUACGCCUUCGCUUCGUCCGCCAGCGACCCAAUCCACCCCAAGAAACCUUGGUUGCUCGUUGGCCUUGGCAACCCAGGCAAGAUGUACCAGAGAACCCGCCACAACGUCGGUUUCGAGAUGUUAGAUGCUAUAGCCGAAGCUGAGGGCAUAUCCAUGAGCAAAUUACGCUUCCGAGCAAUGUUUGGGGAAGGCUGCAUUGGAAACGCCCCUGUCAUGCUCGCCAAACCACAGGCUUUUAUGAAUGCAAGUGGUGAGUCUGUUGGAUCACUUGUCUCAUAUUUCAACAUACCACUGAAUCAAGUACUUCUGAUGUAUGACGACCUAGACUUGGCUUUUGCAAAAUUGCGUCUAUUACCAAAGGGUGGGCAUGGGGGCCACAAUGGCAUGCGAAGUGUCAUCAACCACUUUAAGGGAAGCCGUGAUUUUCCACGUCUACGAAUAGGCAUUGGACGACCACCAGGGAAGAUGGAUCCUGCCAAUUUUGUUCUCAGACCCUUCAACAAGCAAGAACGUGAAGAGCUCGACUUCACCUUUCAGAGGGGAGUAGAAGCAGUAAGGAUUUUAGUGCUUGAGGGGAUCAACAAAAGUGCUACUUUUGUGAAUAGUGCGCAGUCAUCGGAACUAUCGAAUAAAUGAAACUAAUCAGAUUGUCCGUGAAUCAAAUUGUUCUAGAAAUUGAUAAAUCUUAAUUAUCAGACUACAACAGUGGCUCCAUGUUGACCAUAUGCUGAAAGAGUUGCCACAUUCCUGGGAGGAAACCUUGGCAAGUGUCACAUUUUGAUGUGAGGGUGAAGGGAGUACCAUUGCUUGGUAUUUAGAGAAGCAAUUUGGUUGUCAAAUGAGUAAUUGAUUUUUGACCAACACAAUGUGCACCUCUGUUUUUUUCCCUAUUCUAUAACUGCAAUGAAGCACAUGAUUACUUUUGGAAUUAAUUCACAUUAAAUUGCAAAUUGAGCUACAAAUUGUUUUUGUUUACUUUUGUAACUAUUAUGAAGUACUUGUGGGACCAGUUAGGUAUAGACUGUAAGUUGAAUAUUGUUUCUGGUUA